CCCCGUGACUAAAGUAGGUCGAGACAUCAAUAGACUCCAGAAAAAAUUUAAUUUUUUUAAACUUUAUUCGUCUAAAAAAUUUACAAAAAUUUAAAAACAAUUUCGAAAUUAAGAAAGAUUCCUAAAACUAUUUUAAAAACUCUAAAAAUAUAAAGUUUAAAAAAUCUAAAAAUUAAAGCAGUAUUUUGUUUCAUUAUCUCAAUUUAUAUUUACACAGAAAUCUGUGACGAAGGUUUCUGUGUAAUCAGUAUUUAAAUGUUUUCUUCCAGCUCAUAAACAAGAUCUUCGGAUUUAUCCUAACGAAUUUUAGCAAAUUUGAAAAAUCCUUUUGUAAAUUAAAUUCUGAGUUGAAAUUUUUUAAAUUAAAGCAUUUCUUUCUUUGAUUGUAUUUAUUUCUUAUAAGCCACAUUCAACAGUAAUAUUUUGUUUUAAAACUAUGAGAAUUAAAAAUCUUUAUCUGCUCAUCCUGUAUUCAAUUAUCAGCUUGAAACUAUCUGCAUCUUUUGUGGUCCCUCCUCCAACUUUUGCUGAAGAGCCUCAAGACACAUGGUUCUUUAACUCAUCAUCAUCUAAACUUAGUUGUGUUGCAAACCAAGAUCCAGUCGGAGUUGCUUAUCAGUGGAUGUAUGAAACAGAAAUAGAUUCAAAGUUUACAAAUUUAACUCAUAUACAAGUAGAUAAGUAUGGUGCAUAUGUUUGUCUUCUUUCAAACUCUUUUGGAACAGUAAGAAGUCGCACAGCACUAGUUAAAAAACCUGUGAUUGUUUAUCGUGAUAUGAAAAAUUUUCAUAAAAAUAUCAUAAAUGGAGGUUAUUUGUUUUUACCGUCUCUGGAAGUUUAUGAGAGUAUUCCACCAAUUGCCGAAAUAUUUUGGCAAAAAAAAAAAAAAUCUCAGCAGUGGGAAGUUCUUCAUAAAGAUUCAUACACAAAAAAUGGCAGUUUGCUAAUUCGAAAAGUGAAUGCUGAAGAACACAACACAAGUUUCAGUUAUAUUAUGAAACAAAAGAAUGGCCAUUCAGUAGCUGGCUACACUGUUACUGUUAACAUAAUAGGAAUUUCACCUGACUCGUUACAUUGUAAAAACAACUAUAGUCUUGCUUUAAUAGAAGUGUCACCUAAUGUUACAUUAUAUGUUGGACAAGAAAUAUCAAUUGAGUGUUUAGCAUUUUUUAAUAAUUGCAGUUUUCCCCCAACUAUUUCGUGGUUUUAUAAUUAUUCGAGUGUUGAAAAUCAAAUUUCAAGAAACAAAGCUGUUCUUAAUAUUUUCAACAGCAAUCUUUCAAAUAGUGGUAACUAUAUUUGUGAAGUAGCUGGAUAUAGCUAUAUACCUCGUGUAACACGUGUAACUGUUUUAGUAAAACCAAGCCUUAACAUUGUGAAUGAUUCUGUAACGUUUUAUGUUAAAAAUAAUGCUUCAAUCACAUUGGAUACUAUAGCAUUAACGUCUAGGGUUGGUCUGAAAUGUUUUGAAUGGUAUUUUAACGGAAAAUCUUUGUCUGCAAAUUCAAAAUACAAUUAUACUUCAGAUUACAAACUGAUAGUUAAUCAACCAGUUGAAUCCGAUUCUGGAAUUUAUCAAGUGUUUUAUUUUUUUGAUGGAUUUGAAUUAAAACAUGCUUUCAAUGCAUUUUUUGUAUACGAUACAUCUAUUAUGGUCACUGAUUUGCUAACAUCAACAUCUACUUUGUUUAAAAGAGUCUCAACAACAGACUUCAAAACUUUAUCUAAUUCUACUGAGGCUGUAAAGGUCUUUUCAGUGUUUUCACUUGUUUCUGUUUGUUCAUUGACCAAACCUUCCAGUAUUGUUUUGUCAUCUGCUGUUUCUAUUCAAUCAGUAGUAGUUACAUUACCAUCUCUUGUUUCAGAAAAAGAGCUUAUAAAAAGUGUCACUGAUUUGCUUACAUCAACAUCAAUUUUGUCUAGUAAAGUUUCAACAAUAAGUUUUAUGUCAUCAUUACUGUCUUCAUUUAAAUCUUCCUGUCCUAGUAUGUCAUCUGUUGUUUCAACUCGGUCAGUUUCAAUCAGUAAUUCAGUAGCAGUACCAACUCUUGUUCUGGAAAAAAAACUAAUGAAAAAUGAUGCAUUAAUAACUGGUCUGUCUGUUGGAAGUGCUGUUUUGAUUAUUGGCUUGUUGAUUGGCUUAAUAAUGAGGAAACGUUGCUUCAUAAAGAAUGGUAUUGAAAAGAAAGGAGUUAAUGAAAUGGCAUUGUGUGAAAAAAAGAGAUUAAGUACUUCCACUAAAAAAACUAAUGAUUAUGAAGUUCCUGUAAACAACGAAUAUGCAGUUUUAGAAAAACAAGAAAAUACUUAUUGCCACGAUGAACCAAACUAUCAAUAUCGCGAUGAACCAAACUAUCAUAUCAUAGAAGCGGAAAAUUACAAUUCUUUAGAUUCUUCAGAUAAUAAUACAGAUUUUAACAAAAAACGUAGUAAAGACAAUUACAGCUUUGAACCAGAAUACAAAGAACUUGAGGACAGUGGCAGAUGUGUAGCCAAUGAUUCUAAAAAUUAUGCUUCGAUUUAUGCUUGUGUACCGGAAGUAACAAAUGAUAACUUGUCUUAUUUCAAAAAUAAAGUAAACCCAACCAAAAAUGUUCUCACCGAAAUGAAAUUGAGUCCUGCAACCAAUAGACCUUCAGAUAUAUAUACUUCAAUAAAAAACAAUCAUGUUUCCAAUAAAAAUACUUUACCAAGUAGACCUACAGAUAUAUACACCUCUUUGAAUAAUAAAGAUGGCCAAUCGCCUGAACCAUAUGCAAUGUUAAAGUUUAACUCAUCUACAGAAAAGCAUGCGAAAAAUAGCUAAAAAAAAAUCAAUUAUUAGCAAUUUGUUUUUAAAACUUUUAAUUUUUAAAUCUUCGAUAUUUUAAUUUUGUAUAUAGUUAAUAAUAACAAGUUUUAAUAAGAACAAUUUGUAAUGCAUUUGAUUUUAAAAUAUGUAUUUAGUUUUAUAUAAUAAAGUUUUAUAUUGACUGUAUGUGUUUAGAUGCAUGUGUGUGUAUAUACACAUAUACACACACAUAUACACAUACAUCUACACACAUACACACACAUGAGUGCGUAGAUGUAUGUGUAUGUGUGUGUGUAGAUGUGUGUAUACACACACAUACAUCUACACAUACACAUACAUCUACACACAUGUGUGUAGAUGUAUGUGUAUGUGUAGAUGUAUGUGUGUAUAUACACGUAUACAGACACACAUACAUCUACACACAUAUAUUCAAUUGUUAGGUUUUUUUAUUAUAUUUUGUAUGAUUAAAAGAAUCUUCAAAGAAUAUUUUCUCUUAAUCGCA